AUGGCGUCUCCACGCAAGGUUGAUGUGUUUGUGGCGCGGGCCUACUCGCGCAAGGGCGUGCAGUCGGGGCUGUUCUUCUGGACUGUUUUGGCCCUCGUCCUCGCGGGCACGUUUGUCGUCUCAAAAAUUCCGUUAGGCCUUUACACACCUACAGUUGGUUUCCAGCAGAGCAAGCACCGCGAGCCCCCGAAGCAGAUUAUCCCGCCCGCGCCCUCCACCCCAGCCGGCCGUGGCAUCAUGCGUGCGCACAGCCAACGCAUUAUCGCUAUCGGGGACCUUCACGGCGACAUUGACCGACUCCGCAGCACCCUGCGCGCUGCGAACGUGCUGGAGAAGGGCGUGGACGCCUGGCGCAAGGGGUGCACCGAUGUCGUGGUGCAGCUAGGCAACGUUGUGGGCUACGGUCCAGAUGCUCCGGAGAUGCUGCAGCUACUGUCGGGGCUCAAGGUGCAAGCUCGCGCCUCUGGUGGACGCCUCAUCACGUUGAGCGGUAACCAGGAGCUGCUCACUCUUUCCGGAGUCUUGGAAUACGUGCAUCCGCGGUUGCUGAACUUGUCCGCCGGCCAUGUCGGCUUACGCUACCUGUACGGCCCUGGCGGACGCUACGGGCGCAUGAUGGCCGAAGAAAACUUGGCCGUGGUGAUCGUCUCGGACAUCGUGUUUGUGCAUGGCGGGCUGACCGCCGCGUACGCCCGCCGCGGUGUUGAUCAGCUCAACGCCGAAUGGUAUGAGGGGGCUUCCUUUAUGAACCUGACAAGGCACCCCUUUCACAACGAGGCGAGUCCGUUGUGGGACCGCAGCGUCGUGCGGGCGGCUAUGGCCGGCAAUUGCGGCCCUCUUUCUGCCGGCAUUGCGGCGCUCAAGGCAAAGGAAAACAGGGAAAUCAAUCUCAUGGUGGUGGGCCACACGUCCAUGCCGGACGGGAAGGUGGGCACCUGGUGCGCCGGCAAGCUCAUGACCAUCGAUGUCGCCAUGAGCCGCUACGUCGAGAAAGGCGGCUACGAGGCGUUUGUGAGCUUCCUACCGAUGCUGAAAAAGGUAAAACGGAAGAAGGUCUUCCGAAGCACGGCAGAGCGCGUCGAAACGCACUACCCACUUGGCUCCGGCGUCCGCGCGGGACCUCUUACUCCGACAGAGGCCUAA